AUGAGCUCUCUCCGCUUCGCUCGCUCUGCCUUCCGGGCCCGUCCCUCCGCCCUUCGCGUUCCUCUCCAGCGCAGAGGUUACGCUGAGGCCGUGUCGGACAAGAUCAAGCUUUCCCUGGCCCUUCCUCACCAGACUAUCUUCAAGUCGGCCGGCGUUGUCCAGGUCAACAUCCCCGCCGAGUCCGGAGAGAUGGGUGUUCUCGCCAACCACGUUCCCUCCAUUGAGCAGCUCAAGCCCGGUCUUGUUGAGAUCGUUGAGGAGGGUGGUGCCAACAAGAAGUUCUUCCUUUCCGGUGGAUUCGCCAUUGUCCAGCCCGACUCCCAGCUGAGCAUCAACGCUGUUGAGGGUUUCCCUCUUGAGGAUUUCAGCGCCGACGCUGUCAAGAACCAGAUCGCCGAGGCCCAGAAGAUUGCCAGCGGCAGCGGCAGUGAGCAGGAUAUCGCUGAGGCUAAGAUUGAGUUGGAGGUGCUCGAGACCCUGCAGGCUCACCUCAAAUAA